AUGUCACGCCAUAACAGUGUGGACCUAGACUCACCUGAUCGGCCUUUCGACAAUAUCAUCAAUUUCCGCGAUGUCGGCCGGUCGGUAAAUCAAUUCUGUCGCAAAGAUAUCCUGAAAGAAGGCGUGUUUUAUCGUAGUGCGAGGCUCGACGAUGCCUCAGAACGAGAUAAACGCCGUUUAGCGGAAGAACUCCACAUUCACACGGUGAUUGAUCUUCGUUCCAAAACAGAACAUCAAAUGGGCACACGCAAACGCCGACGUGAAAAUGCCAAAUUAGAUCCGUCAGCAAAGUCACCAUCACCCACAGGCCGAAUCCCACCCAACCCAGACGAACACCUCCCCGAAAUCCCCGGCUCAAAACGAGCUUUAGUAAAUCUCACCGGUAAAGGCUUUGAACGCGCCUUGAUAUCAAAAUUGGACUGGUUGACAUAUCUCAAAACAAUCGGCCUCGUCACAACCGGCUACCGCAGCGAUGCCGUUCGUCUAGUCUGCGGCUCAGUAAUGCAACCACGUGGAUUAACAGGUCUAGCGCAAGACACGUUAGAUUCCAGCAUGGGUGAAAUCCGAUCCGUCUUCGAGAUCUUGGCGUGCGAGGAAUCAUACCCGACAUUAGUCCACUGUACGCAGGGGAAGGACCGGACGGGUCUGGUUGUAUUGCUGGUGUUACUGCUGGUGGGGAGUAUUGUGCCGGUUGAAGCGAUUGUUGAUGAUUACGGUCGAUCUGAGCUGGAGCUUGUGUCGGAGUUUGAGGAGAGGUUGGAGGAGAUCAGGGCUAUUGGGCUCGGGGAGGAUUAUACGCGUUGUCCACCUGGGUUUGUGAGUGAUACGACGGAGUAUCUUGAGCACAGGUAUGGGGGCGUAAGGGGGUAUCUGGAGAAGGCCGGGGUUACGGUCGAGAUGCAGGAGAGGGUUCGAAUGAAGAUUUUGGCUUGA